UCUGGAUCGACCGUUCUGACAAGCAAAAGUAGCAGUGGAGGGAGAUGGAAUUCCGUCCAGAUUCCAAUAAGAGGGGGCGAUAGCUUGGAAAUAGGAGGCCGACUUGGUAUCGAUAGAUUGAAGAUGACAUGACCUUUCCCCUUUCGAUUCCUGGACUCUCUCCUCCCAUGGAUGAUCUGAAGACGACGACCUCUCCUCCCUCGCCAGAUCCCGAUCACUCGUCUCAACCUCCGAAUUCGUACGCGGCUGUCGUGAUCGGCGGCACCUUUGACAGACUACACCAGGGCCACCACAUGUUCCUCAAGGCAUCCGCGGAGCUUGCGAGGGAGCGCGUCGUCGUGGGGGUUUGUGAUGGACCCAUGUUGAGCAAGAAAAAGUAUGCUUUCCUAAUAGAACCAGUUGAGAAGCGCAUGCAAAGUGUGAAGGACUUCAUUAAGUCCAUCAAGCCUGAGCUGACGGUGCAAGUCGAGCCAAUCAUCGAUCCAUAUGGUCCAUCCAUUGUAGAUGAAAAUUUGGAGGCAAUUAUUGUGAGUAAGGAGACAUUGCCGGGAGGAAUUGCUGUUAACAGGAAGAGGGCUGAGAGAGGCUUAUCACAAUUAAAGAUUGAAGUGGUGGAUUUAUUGCCAGAGGAAUCUACAGGAACCAAGAUAAGUUCUUCAACACUUCGAAAAAUUGAGGCUGAACAAGCGAUCAUCAAUAAUCAGCAAUAGCAACAUCAACAACUAUCACAUUCAGAGUGUCCCACAUAGAUACUACAAAACUACAUUCAGAGUGUCCUACAUAAAUACCCUACAAAACUUUUUGACAAGGACAUAUGUUCGAUUGUUCAAAGUUGUGCCGCAAAAGCUUACAUCUUGUAGUAUCCUUUUUACACACAGGAAGCAGAUAUAUUUACGAGUGUACUUUCCACUAUUGUAGUAAAUUUAUUUCUACAACUUGUCAACUAAAAAGCUGUAAUUGUGAAUUUCACAAAUUCAAAUAAACAUUUUUAUAUGUUAGAAAUUCUGAUUUUACAUAAAGAAAAGAUAUAUUACAUACA